CCUGGAGAGGUUUUGCGGUGGGAGGCGGCCGGAGAUCCGGAGUUGUGAUGGAGCUCCGAGCAGCGGUACUGCAUGAGCUGAUGGCAAGCAGCGAUGUGAGCCACACUGGUGAUGAGGAGGACCCCAGCUGCUGCGGUGCCAUGGGGUGGCACAAGUGACAAGGACAGCCCAGGACGCCAUGGGCAGCUCCUCACCUUGGCUGCACUGGACUCAGUCGGAGCUGGGCAGCCAGGAACCCAAGUGCUGGGAGGAGGAGGAGGAGGAGGAAGACUUUGAGAAGCACAUGGAUGAGAACGGUGUCAUUGGGCUGGGGGCUGCCACAGCGGAGCUCAGCGAUCCACAGGACUCAGGCUCUGAGUGGGGACAGGAGGCAGCUGGGAGCCCAGUAUGGGGGGACGGCGAGGACUUGGAUGUGGAGUCCCCAGCAGAGCCACGCUGGUAUGCACAGCAGGAUCUGACAGAGGAGGAGGAGGAGGAAGAAGACCAGGGCAGCUCUGAGGAGGACGGGAGGCCAGAGGGGCCCUGGGGAACAGAAAGCGAUGGGGACCCCCAUGCUGAGACCCCUCUGAAAGUCCUGGGUACCACCACAGAUGGUGGCGGCACCUCGGGGCCUUCAGACUCCAGUCCUGUCCCCAUGACUCCCCCACGCCAGCGCCGGGGUUGGGGCAAAGCCAGGGACCCCAGUCAGAGUUCCCAAACCCUGCAGCAGCCCAAACACAGUCGGCUGUCCCCCAGCCCCCGGCAUCACACCGACACCAAAAAGCCAAAGGACCCCACGGACAUUUGCCCAUAUGGCCGAGGGCGGCUCAACCACCCUCUGCCUGACCUCUCCAAGGUGGAAGCACGGGUGAAGGUGGGGCAGAGCUACCGCCCCCCACCCAGCAGGGCCCUGUCUGCCCGUGCCAGGCCCCACGGAGGUCCCCUUGUCCCCAAAUCCCCCGCCGAAAUCGUCCGGGAGGUGCUGCUGAGCAGUGGGGAGGGGGCCCUACCACGACCCUCUGCCCCCCCUGGAGUGCCACAGGAGCUCCGCUCCCCCAGGCAGGCCACUGCGCUGGUGCAGCAACUGCAGGAUGACUACCACAAGCUGCUGACCAAGUACGCCGAGGCCGAAAACACCAUUGACCAGCUGAGGCUGGGGGCCAAGGUGAACCUGUAUGCCGACCCGCCGUGUGCCAGCCGCAGCGCCCACGCCGGCACCAUGAGUGGUGGCUGCAGGGUGAUGGCCUUCAGCAUCCCACGGGCCAGCGCCGCAGCCAUCAGCACAGCCCCAAACCCGCAGCUCCCUGUGGGUGGAGCUCCAGUGCCACAACCAGCAAAGCGGGGGGCAGCAUCCCAGCCCUGCUCUCCUCGCUCCCCCCUGGGGGGCUGCCCCACAUGUGUGGGGCCGUGCUGCUGUGCAGGGCCACGGCUCACACAGACACUGGCAGAGCAGACCUGCAAAUUUCAAGCGCAGGUGGAUUCCUUUGAAGCCUGGAUCCGAGCAGGGAGCUCUGUGCCACAGGAGCAGCUCCAGCAGCGGUUCCAGAGGCUGCAGGAUACACAAGAUGCACUGGAGCGGGCGUACCUGGAAGCACGGGAAGAGCAGAGCCUUGGGGACACGGGGAACUUCGACCCGGAGCGCACAGUGGAAGGGGACAUCUUCUGCCUGGGGAUGCGCCUGGAGGAGCUGAAGGAGCGCCUGGAGCGGGCAGCACCAGGGAGCCCUGUGGUGACAGAGGGACCCCCCAGCACCGGGGAGACAGCGGGGGACACCGAGGUGGUGGCGGUGGGGCUGCCCCGACCCUUACAGCACAAGCAGCUCCAAGCAGAGGGGGACUUUGGGGAUCUGUUGCAUCAGUACCAGCACCUCAAAUCGCUGCCGGCAUCACUGAGCCUGGAGCAGCUGAGCCUGACAGGGAGCGCAGCACUGGAGGAGGCUGGUGGCACCGUGGCAGGGGACGGCGGCCCAGGGGGGGUCCUCAGUGGGACACAGUCACUGGAGGAGGGCACCGACCUUGAGACCUCCCCCUCGCCCCCCCCUCAGAGGAAAGCAGUGCCGCUGCCCCACACUGAACCCCCACACCCACAGGGGACCCACGGCCGCCUGUCCCCUGUCACCACUCCGCUGCCACCAUCCACCUCCAGGCUCCUGCUGGCAUUCCCUGAACCUUUGCCAUCGCGCACAGCCCCGUCCCGCCGCAGCAGUGAAACAGGGAGCACAGCCCCUCAGCGCCAUGCCCUCAAGCCCUGCCACCAGGAGCAGCGCAUGGUGUCACCGGAGACGGACAGUGGCUUCGUGGGCUCGGAGAGCAGCCGGGUGUCCCUGUUGGCACGCACCCCUCAGCAUCGACCACUGGGCACUGGGACUCAUGGCGUGCUCGAACCUCCUGUCCCCGCUCCCCUCCAUCCGCAGAAGAAGGAAGCUCCGCUGCUGCCCCCCAGGAAGGGGCUGAGGGGUCCCUACCCAGCCCCUGAGCACAGCCCUCCCCCAGGCCACAGCGUGCCCCCCAGCACUCCCUCGCCGAGCAGCUCUCCACUGCGCUGGGCUGGCAGCCAAGGCAGUGAGCUGGGACCUGAGGGUGAUGAUGCUCGCUCUGACUCAGAAGGAGGAGACAGGAGCUGCACCAGUGGGCACCCCCCGGGUGGGACGCCUGCCUCGCCAUCUCCAGCUCCGGCUCACAGUGACCUGCUGGGAUCCCGCAUGGAGCGCGACUCUGUGCUGACUGCGGGUACACCCACUCCUAAACAGCACAGCCGGGCCAUCCGUGCACUGCAGGACGAGGUUUGGCGACUGCGCCUGCGGCUGGAGGAGAGCCUGCACCGGUCCCGCAGCUACCCUGAGGGCAGAGCCCCCCACACCCCCAAGGGGAAGAGGCAGGCAGCAGCCAGCAGAGCUUCAUUCCUCCGGAAUGCAGCACCCGUGGGGGAGCACAGCCCCACCUCACGGGGCAGGAUGACCCCGGGCGGCCCCAGAGGCAGAUGGGCAUCGCUGCCACGGGAUGGGACACCGCCAGACUUCACCUCCCAGUCGGACCGCUCGCUGCGUGCGCACGGUGACAGCCGUCCCCGAGCCGCGCCGUCCGCGCACAAACGCCCUCGCAGCCCGCUGGGUGCGGUGUCACUGCGGGGACAGCAGGCGGCUGAGCUCCGGGAGCCCGACCCGCUGGGUAACGCACACGGUCGCGCCGACACCGCGUUCGAGGGGACGCGUUACCGCGUGGCGCCGCCCCGUGGGGAGCCGAGCGCUGCGCCGUGCCCCCGCUGUCACCCCGACGGGACAACGACGGGCGCCCCAUCAGUCGAUGCCACGCGGCCGCAGCGCAGCGGCACCUCCAGGACCCCCGAGAGCUGCCCAACGUGCCGGGCAUCACGCGGUGACACGGACAGAGCCGGGCACGCCCAGCGCAGCAAAUCGGAGGGCAAAUCCCCGCCGGAGCCCCGCAGCCGCCCCCAGGCCGUGCAGCCGGAGCAGCCCGCAGGCUGUUGGUACCUGGCGGGGGGGCCUCCCGUCGCCUACCUCGCCCCCGUCCCCGUGGUGCCUUACGGGCCCUCACUGCUGUAA